ACACCCGGACCCUUAAUACGAUGGACAGCGCCCUCUUUGGUAGAUUCAGCAAAGAUCAAGAUGGCGGCGGCCAUGCGGGAAGCAAAAAGCCUGCUUCGUCGCGAAAUGAAGCAGCGACUAGCUGCCUUAUCAAGCGAAGAAAAGGCUCAGCAGUCAGAAAUCAUUCUUAAGAAGCUGGUAUCACAUCCUGUGUACCGGAGUAGCCAACGCAUCUCGGUGUAUCUAAGCACAGCAGAUGAAGUCAGCACAGAAGGUAUCUUGAAUCACAUGUUUGCCAACAAGAAGAAGUGUUUCGUGCCGCAGUACAUAGGCCCACGGAUGGACAUGUUGAGGUUACUUUCAAUGGAAGACUACAGCAACUUGCCACUGACAAAGUGGAAUAUCAAACAGCCGGCUGAAGGAGACCAGAGGGAGGAAGCUCUAGCAACAGGAGGACUUGAUUUAAUCAUUGUGCCUGGUCUGGCUUUCAACCUCGGCGGCGAUAGACUAGGGAAGGGUAAAGGGUACUAUGACAAGUACCAGAAGCGGUGUGCGGAGCACCCAAGUGGUAAGCCAAAAACAAUUGCCCUGGCAUUCAAAGAACAGAUGUGUGCCACAGUACCAGUGUCUGAAGAUGAUGUCACCAUUGAUCAUGUGAUCCACGGAGACACACAGUAGUUCCACGACACAUUUGAGUGUCGCCAACAGUCCCAAUGUUGUAUUUUCAACUGAGCAGGCACAUUACAUUAUUCACUCACCAAAAGGAGACAAAUUCUUAAGUGUAAGAUAUAUAAUUAUGGUUUCACUCUCUUUUCAGGGAGCGACACAAAUUUUCUUUAAAAUAAAAACUAUUUUUUAUGAGAAAUAUAAGUAAAUUAUUAUGGUUUAAUAUUGACGGGCCAUCACUGGGAUCCCUGGUUUUGAUUAAUGUUCAUGUACAUGUGAUUUGUGAUCCAUUCUUGUAUUCAGACUGCCUGUACCGAAAACCAAGCAAUUUUAAUGAUGCGAAUCCCUCCGGACUACAAUGCGCAAUGGGUCUCAGGCUGAUUUGUGUAGAUGAAGUGG